AUGGGGCAAAGGUUGUUGAAGGUUGGCUUCACCCUCCUCCUCCUGUUCUUCCUUGUCGACCGUGCAAUAAGCAGCAAUGACUACAUCAACAGCCGCUGCAACGCCGCUGUGAAUUACACGGCAGGAAGCAAGUUUGAAGCGAACAUGCGCAGGGUCUUCUUCACCUUGACAAACCUUGCUCCUCCCAUUGGUUUUGGCUUUGCCACCUGGGGCCAAGGAUUGGACAGAGUGUAUGGCCUGGUUCAGUGCAGGGGCGACAUUGAUCAGGAAGACUGCAAGGCUUGCAUCCACAAUUCCACUCAAGCAGUCGUCGACACAUACUGUCCCAGCGCAGUCGAUGCCAUCAUAUGGUAUGAAAAUUGCCAGCUCCGCUACUCCAACACCAAAUUCUUUGCUCGCCUCAAUGUUGAGGAUUCUGGUUUUUGGUAUUGGGUUGCUGACAAAGUGAUUGACCCUAAAGUCUUCAACGAGAAAUUGGGGAGUCUGCUGAAGAAUCUCACCUAUCUAGCAACAAUAGACCUUUCAAGGCUCAUGUUUGUGACGGGAUACAUCCCUUAUAGCGAUCUACAGACGAUAUACGUGCUAGUGCAGUGCACCUGGGACACCAGCCUUGCCGAUUGCAAGCUGUGCUUGGAUAACACCACCUCCCUAAUCCAAACUACUUGCAAGAAUGCACACGGCUGUGAAAUUGUCACUGGAAGUUGCCGUGUGAGGUAUGAUACCCAGCUCUUUUAUGCUGGCACCCCAACUGUAAGCCUGUCUCCUCCGUCCAAUUCGCCAUCCCCAUCAAAUUCAAGCCCAAGCCCAUCUCCUCCAUUCGACUCACCCCCUCCGGAACCUCCAAGUCCUUCAUCAAAUGGGUCAUUUAACACUACGUCAGGCUAG